AUGUCAACUAAUCUGCCAGAGAUCUCUGGCUCCAGAUCUCCAGAAGGACGAAGCCUGAAGAAGAGUUCUGUGAACUCCAAGUUCUUGCCCACUUCACAGGCCCGCUUCGGUUACCUUGGCCAUUUGUGCCUUCAGAACUCCAAGGACGACCCAACAGAAGCUUUGCGCAACAUUACUGCGCUGGAUGCCCCGAGCUUUCUACCCAAUGUCAUGACGCUGCAGCGUGCGUCGACGCCGUGGCAGUACAACACUCCAUGUCGGACCUUGGAGGCAGCUUGCGCAGAUGAUUCGGCACAAGGCGAAGAAGCCAGGUCCCUAUCGCCUUCGCGAGGUGGAGGCAGCCAAAUGCUGAAGUCCACCAGCAAGAAGGCAAUCUCAACGCAAGCCCCAAUGCCUGCGAACUACGUUCGGAGGAUUCGUCGAAAAGCACAAAUGUCCAGAAGUGCCAACGACCACAGGCAGCAGAUAGCCGACUUAAAGAUGUUGGCUGAUUCUGCCAGCCGAUCUGGAAAUGUUUACCAGGCUUUACAGGCCUAUCACAAGAUGGGUGUUGUCUUUGACAACCAGGCCAUGUAUCCGGAGGCCGUCCAGAAGUACAAGCAGUUCUUGGCUUUGUGUAUAACCUCCAAGAACACGCAGGGUGAGGCACUGGCAUACAAUUGUUUGGGCAUUGACUGCUUCAAGAUGGGGCAGUAUGACGAAGCAAUCCAGUACCACAACAAGCACUUGGAGCUAGCAGAUGGCACAGGCCGGCUCAUUGCGCAUACAAACCUCGGCAUUGUUUUCCAGGCCAUGGGGCUGUCUGAGCAUGCUGCCAUCCAUCAUCAGCAUGCGAUCGAGUAUGCCAACCGCAUGGGCUCCAAGGAUGCACAGUGCUUCACCGUGGGCAACCUGGGCAUUGCAUCUGCAGCUCAAGGCGACUUGCAGACCAGCCGGAUCUGCCUGCAGUACCAUUUGAGCUCGGCGCAGCGACAGAAAGCAACCGCCGUGGACAGCAAGUUUGCACAGCAUACCCUCAAAGAGGUGAGCAAGAGUGCAUAUCAUCGGCUAGGGCAGGUGAAUGCAACUGACGGUCGCUUCGAUGAAGCUGCAGACCACUUCGCAAAGGCGAUGGAGGUUGCCAAGACCGGAGCAGACCAGAAGGAUGAAGAGGUUUCCGUGGCCAUGCUCGGAAUUGCCCGAGGCAUGCUGAACUUCGAUGAGCACUGCGCAGCCUUGGUCAAAAAAGCGGCCGAGGCUUCUCUAGAUGGUGAGGAAGACGGCUUGCGAGACCUCAAGAGACCUUUGCAAGGGUCCCCUUGCGAGGUGGUGCUUACCUUUUCGCGCAAUCUUAGAAGCUGGACUACAAAUCAGCUGCGGAAGCUGAACGCUCAGGCAUCCGACCAGUUCGUGAUGAACAGUGAAGAGGGAGACCUCGAUGCGUGUGCAGAGGCCCUUGACCAGCAGCGCAGACAGUUUGAGGACGAGGGCAAAUACGAGGAUGCCGAGCAAGUUAAGCAGCGAUUAGAACUGCUGCAAGAGAAGGCGGAUGCCAAGAGAAGGGAGGCACUGCGACAGCGGCAGCUAGCACAGCGUCUCGGAGUAGAAGAGGCACACAUGAAGGAAUUGCAGGAGUUCAACCAACACUGGGAUCAGAAGGUGGCAGAGUUUGAAGCUCAUGCUGCUAGCCUGCAGUCGCAGCUUCAAGACAGGCAUAACCAGGAGUUUGCGGAAGCUCGAAAGAAGUUCGAGAUGGAGACGGAACCGCGAAACCCUCGCUUCAGCAAGGAUUUGCUCAACUUGAGAAAGAUCCAGGACACAUUGGCCAAGAUGAAGAAGUACUCAGAAGCAUCAAAAACGAAGCAACAAGCAGAUGUCGUUGAGGCGAAGGAAAGAGAAGCUUGGAGCGCCAAACGCGAAACCAAAAUCCGCGGGCUGGAGGAGCAGUUCUUGCAUAAGCAAUCCCUGGAAAUGACCGGCCUGACGAAGCGCAUCGUCUCUGGUCGGGAGGAACAGAAGCAGGCGAGAAAGCUGGAACUUCAGCGAUUGCUACAGCGAUACCACAACGCGCGAUCCUCUUGUGAUGGUAUGCUCUGCUGUAACCGCCUCUCUUGGAUUUCCGGCGAUGAUCCUGCUGGAUGUUUUCUGUGA